UCCGUGUCAGCAACACCUACAUCGUGGUUAGUUUGUUUCGCAGAAACCAUGGAGUUGAGUUCGUCUGCAAUUUGGUUGAUCGUGACCUUGCUUGCUGUAGUUUAUCUUUAUUUCCAAAGGAAGUUUUCCUACUGGAAAGAUCGUGGUAUUCCUUACCUUGAGCCAACGUUUCCAAUGGGUAAUUUUUCUUGGAAAGGUGAUGGUAGCUUUAAGGAGCUGUUUCACAAAUUGUAUAACGCGAGAAGAGGGACUCCUUUUGUCGGAGGAUAUUUUUCCAUCAAUCCGAUGGUGGUAGCAACUGAUUUGGAUUUUGUGAAAGACGUAUUAGUGAAAGACUUCAACAACUUCCAUGGACGCGGCAUUUACACAAAUGAGAAAGAUGAUCCCAUCUCAGCGCAUUUGUUCUCUUUGGAUGGACCAAAGUGGAGAUCACUUCGGAUGAAACUGUCACCGACAUUCACUUCUGGCAAGAUGAAAUUCAUGUUCCCGACCAUAGUGGAGGUUUCAGAGCGGUUCAAUGAAAUUUUGGGUGAAAUAUUGGACAAAGGUACUGAUUUUGAGCUGAAGGAACUACUGGCUCGUUUUACAACUGACGUUAUCGGGACGUGCGCUUUUGGAAUAGAAUGCAACAGUCUGAAAGAUCCGAACACAGAGUUCCGUAAAUAUGGUCGCAUGGUUUUCAUAACAUCGAGACUACGCUUUAUAAGACGGAUUUUUGUACGAUUUCCAAAAUUAGCUGCCAAACUGCAUUUCGUGACAUUUGGAAAGGAGGUGAAUGAUUUCUUCUUGGGUAUUGUGCGUCAAACCAUUGAACACCGCGAGAAAAAUAACAUAAGACGAAACGACUUCAUGGAUCUGUUGAUUGAUUUGAAAAACAAUGUUACCAUGGACGAAGAAAAGAAAAUCAAGUUGGACAAGCUCACUUUGGAAGAAGUAACGGCCCAGGCGUUCGUUUUCUUUAUCGCUGGAUUUGAAACUUCAUCCACGACGAUGUUAUUUGCCUUGUAUGAACUAGCGGUGAAUCCAGACAUUCAGGAGAAGUUACGGGCUGAAAUAAAUGCUGUUUAUGCGAAACAUGAAGGUCGGUUGACGUAUGAAACUAUGAAGGAAAUGGUGUAUUUGGACCAAGUUAUCAAUGAAACUUUGCGAAAAUAUCCCCCGGUAGUUGCUCUCCAGCGUAAAGCUGAAAACAAUUACAAAGUUGCGAAGACGAAAGUGAUUAUAGAGAAAGGGACACCUGUCAUAAUCCCCGCUUUUGAGAUUCAACGCGAUGAACGCUAUUAUCCAAAUCCAGAGAAGUUCGAUCCUGAUCGUUUCCUACCGGAAGCUUGGAAGGCCAGGCAUCCAAUGGCAUUCUUGGGCUUUGGUGAUGGACCCAGAAAUUGUAUAGGGAUGAGAUUCGGUAGGAUGCAAACGAAAGUGGGCCUCGUUAUGCUGUUGAAGAACUAUCGGUUUGAAAUAUCGGACAAAACACCAAUUCCAAUGGAAUUUUCAACAAAAGCUGCGGUUUUGUCACCUGCCGAGGAUUUGCAUUUGAAAAUUGUUAAAAUUUGAAUUCAUGGGAUCAUGUUGGCUGCAGUUUAAUAUAAGGAUAAACGUCAGUUUCAACUCAUUGCUUUGGUGGAACUUAGGAUGGCAAUAACUUCCUAAGUUGUAUAUUUACCGCCACAUUGUUAUUCCAAUUUACUAUGUUAAAUAUAUACAAAAUCUCACUAUGUAUUAGCACCGAAGCUUCGAGCAAGGUUGUUUGUAUUGUUAUUUACGCUGCCCAAUAA